UUCGUCAUAAAAAAAACCCUUAAAUCCCCCACCCUCACAUUUCUCUCUCAACUCUGUCGCCUGUCCCCUCCCGUCCCCCUCUCCCCCUCUUCGAAUCUCAACCUCUCCCUCUGGUUCCGCGCUCCGCCAAUCAUCCUUGAGGCUGUCAAAGUCGUUGUUGCGUCGGCUGGGCCUGGUUGCCUCUUCGCCCUUCUCCGCCGCUUCCUCUGGUCCUCGUCGCUGUUUCCGCUGUCCAGUGCUGCCGUCCAGUGCUCCUCGCUUCUGGUCCUAUUCCUAAAUCACGCUGUCGCUGCUCCUUGCCGCGUCCUCAGUCACUGCAGGGUUUCUGAUUUGUGAGUGUCGCAGUCUCUCUUUUGUACCAUUUUUGUGCAUCAUGGCUUCCAAUGUCCAUCAUCCAAAGAAGGAAGACUUUGACGAAUCACCAUUGAAGAAAUCAAAGAUUGAGGAUGGCUUCCUCGACGAAGGGUCUGCUAAGGAACCAAAGGCUGAAGAUAAAGACAACAAAGAAUGGAUUGAUUAUUCGGAUGAAUACAAACGGGAAUUGCUAAAAAAAUACAAAGAGGAUUUUGCAGCAAGCGAGGGUUUUGAACACGACUAUUGGCCCGCGCGAAUGACUUGUCCCUCGACAUGGGAUUGGCUUACUGUUGGUGAACGCAUCCAUCUGGGUGAUGAUAUUAUGUGCACGGAAUGGGUCAAUGAUGCCCUUGACUUUGCUGUUAGGAAAGAGAAUGAAAAGGGGGCAAAUCUCGAAGUCGUUAAGGCUAUUAUAGCAACCACUUUUCAACCUUUUCUGUAUUACAUAACUUUUGAAGCUAAAGACUUGACUACGAAGGAAACUAAAGAAUAUCAAACUAGGGUCGUUUGGGAUCCAUUUACCCGUUCUGACGCUGAUGCUGAUGUUGAGAUUUUCAGGCUUAGAAAAGAUAAAAAAGAGGAGUCGCUAGUCCCCUGAUUGCCACAACAGGCUCUGCUAAUCUGUCAUCAUCAUGUAGAUUACACAUCAACCAUUGCAAAGAAAAAGAAGCCACAGUUUGUAGAUGUCACAUAAAUAAAUUGGUGGAAGGUUGAGUACCGAGUAUAUCGAUGGUAGUAUGUUAGUGUGUUGGCUUUGCUUCAAGUAAUCGCUGAUUUUUGGAUCUUCAUCAACUGUUUAGGCUUGUUUGAUGCUGUCUCCGGAUAGUGUUUUGUUGUGGAUGUUCUUAAAGUUAGAUGUCUUUUUUUUUUUUCCAAGAUUUUUUUGCCUCUAUUGAGAGUGGUACCUAAACGUGUCUUGGAAAGAAAAUGACAAUAAAUGCUAAAAGAUCUGUUAAGGCUGUACCAAUUUGAUUAGCUAGUUUCUUCCUUUUUUGAACAUUUUUUGUUUCAGAUUUGAAGAUAGAUGCACGUUUCCAAAAUAUGUUGAUUGAUAAUUGCUUGUGCGUGGAAUUCAAAUUUACUUCUAAAGAUUAUUUUAGCAGUAAUUAAUGGUUUUAUUGCGUGUGUAUUAGUAUACUUAUUUGCUAAUUAAUAUAUUUGAUAAAUAUUAAUGUUUUGCCCAUCUCUUGUUAGUCAUAAGAGCCGAAGGAAUUAGUUAACAAGCUUGGGAGGAGUUUUGUUUCUUCGUUCUGUAAGCAUGCUUCGAAAAGA